CACGGCGGACACAUUUCGCGCUGGGACGCCUUCCUUUGACUUUUGCUGGGUAGGAGGGGCACUUUUUUAAGUGUUACAAAACGUGAGCAACUGGGGGGGUGCCCAGCAGGUGGUUCGUGCCCAGCUUUUCGGCUGAGCUGUCCCGUCCCGUCCCGGCCUCUCUUCUCUUGGGUCGUGUCGUGAGGCGAGUCGAGCGAUGUAUCGGCACGCGCUGCAGUGCGCCGCGAGGAGCGCGAGCGCGGCGGGCCCCGCGUGCAGCAGGGCCACUGUGGCAAAGGUCGCAGAGAAAGGGACGUAUGUCUCCAGAGGGUUGGUGGCCUGCCGGGGGCUUGGUGGCCCUUCACAGACGCAGUGGCGGACACUGCACAGCACCAGGGAGCUCUUCACAGUUAAAGAAACUCCACAGACCACAGACGAGGAGGUGGGAGCUUUCACCAAGCUUAUUGAAGCCAUGGGCUUCACAGGACCUCUCAAAUACAAUAAAUGGAAAAUCAAGAUCGCCGCUUUGCGUAUGUACACGUGCUGUGUUGAGAGGAUCAACUAUGAUGAGUUCUUUGAAAAGUGCUCCCUUCCAGACACGCUGAACUCCUGGUUCCUAGUGGCACAGCUCCAUGUAUGGAUGUGCCUGGUGCGGAUGAGGCAGGAGGGCCGUGCCGGGAAGUACAUGUGCCGCUACCUUGUCCACUCCAUGUGGGAGGACGUGGAACAGAGGAGCAAGAUCAUGGGGAUCAACGCUGUCGAGAGGAAGGAAAGCAUGAAGGUCAUGACAGAGACCUUUUACGCUGCUCUCUUUGGGUACGAUGAGGGCAUUUUGUCCAGUGACACAGUGCUGGCAGCGGCACUCUGGAGGAACUUGUUCAAUAAACAGUGUGAGGACCCCCAGCAGCUGGAGCUCAUGGUCCAAUACGUCCGCAAACAGAUGCAAUACAUCGACUCUCUUGAUGGAGAGGACCUGCUGCUGACAGGAGAGGUCAAGUGGCGCCCCUUGGUGGAGGAAAAUGCACAGAGCAUCUUGAAAGUUUCAACUCCUACUUACAAUGACACAGGGCUCUGAGCCCUCCCCGUACCCCCCACCCACCACUGCCCGUUUGCCUUCUGUUUGGACACUUUAGACAGGAUAGAUGUCAGGGUCUCUAAAACCUGACAUUGCACUCUUCCCUUCCUAAAUCUACCUCCCUUCUGUCCUUCAGUCAGACAAGUGGCAGGAAAUAUAGGUACAUUUCCUAUAAGUUCUGCGAGUUAAAAAGGCAGUUUUGGAGUUUUGCACUGUGAAACACUUAUGAAGGGUUACUGUAUUUAUAUUUACCUUUCUGAUGUCAUAUUUAUGAGUACAGGUAGGUUUUUUCAGAGAUACCUGCUGUUAAUUAUCAGUGCAAAUCAUUUCAUCUGUCUGAGCUCCAAGAGCAUUAUGGGAAAUGUCAGUCUUCAAGAAUAGCCAUUCUAUCUAGAACGAUGCGUUUGACAUGUUUAAUCAGUGCAUAAAUUCCAUGUUUGGAAAAAACAUCCUGUUAUGUCUUGGUACUCGAGAGUAUUGUCCUCCUUCCUUCCUUUCUCUCUCCUACUUCCAGCAUAAUGCUUUGAUAGCUUUGUUCUAACAUCACAUAACUGAGGGGUGGAACCCAAUACAGGUCCCUCUCCCAGUGUAUCGCGUUGGACGUUUGUACUGUGAGGUCUCCAUGGGAAUGUAUGGUGUGUGGUUUCCUGCUAGCUGUUGUGUUAUUAAGAAGUCGAACUAGAGCUGUAUCGGGUCACCAGCAGCUGACAGCACAUUGUUUGCCAAGAAGAUCACCGCUCAUCAUGCUACGAGCAGUCAGGUCUUUUGAGGCAACUUGGUGUUCAUGUAAAGGAAGUUAUUGUUUAUUAACCUUUUUUAGUGAAUUAAAAGAUGCUAUCAGUAA